GUUUCUUCUGGCAUGUUGAAGCCACACGCAUAAAGUUCACACACAUUUUUCUCAAGGGAAUGCACAAAGGAAUCUGCAUGUAGUUCCUACUCUCACAUCCAUCAUUACCCACCUUCCAUUUCUUUAUCUCUGACUCCUCUACUUUAGUAGGCUUAGAAUUCUUAUAGCCUUUGAUGUCCAAGUCAUUCUGAAACGUGUCUCAAAAAAUCUAUCACUAUUCUUUCUGUUAAUGCGGGUUGGAAAAUUUGGUUUAUGUACUACACAGACUGUUUUUGUACUACAAACUUUGUAGUACAUGCAGAGUGGUUUAAUGUGAGUCUCCCAUUUUGCCUUUCUGGGAUUCGCCAUUGUAAAUUUCCCUCCUUUAUUGAUUUCCUUCUAUAAAGUCUCGACCUUUAUGAGAGUUUUGGGUAUGUGGGAGUAAGCUAAAACUGAGACAGCAAUUGUUUCUGGAUUUCUGGGCUCACAUUUUUUAGCUUUUGGCUCAUCUUUUUAUGUAGCUUUUGGUGUAUUAAAUUCAAGGUGUCUGUAUUGGGUUUUCUGUGUGUUCUUCAAAGUUUUGUUCUUUCUGGUGAGGAGGUCAACGCAGAGAGAGAAGCAUUUCUGGGUUACCCUCCUUCCAGUUGUUAAAGGAGGAAUUUUGAAUGCAAAUUUGCGGGCUUUGAAGGGCUUCGGAUUUCCCCAUUUCCCAUUUUUGGAUUUCUGAAAUUGCUGCGUUUGAUUCUCAGAAGAAAAAGAAGACUAACUUUGAGUUUUGGAUUAGGGAGAAGAGGUGGUGGUGUUGUUUUGACCAAACCCGAUGGGGAACACACACAAGGAUGAAAGUGAAACCAUGGAGAUUGAGAAUUUCGAGAGAGAAAAUGUGGAGCAAAAUGGAGUUGUUGACCUUUUGGAGAUGAACAGAAUCCCUCCAUGGAAGAAACAGAUCACAGCUCGGGGACUUGUGGCGAGUGUGGUCAUUGGGAUCAUUUACAGUGUCAUAGUGCAGAAGCUGAACCUCACAACUGGUUUGAUUCCCAAUCUCAAUGUCUCAGCUGCUCUUCUGGCCUUUGUGUUUGUGAAGACUUGGACUACGCUGCUAUCGAAGGCUGGAAUUGUGUCCACUCCUUUCACAAGGCAAGAGAAUACCGUGAUUCAGACUUGUGCUGUUGCUUGUUAUAGCAUUGCUGUUGGAGGAGGGUUUGGGUCUUACCUGUUGGGUUUGAACAGGAAGACUUAUGAGCUAGCUGGAGUUGAUACUGAAGGGAACACUCCAGGGAGCACCAAGGAGCCUCAACUUGGUUGGAUGACUGGUUUUCUCUUUGUUACUAGCUUUGUUGGUCUUUUGGCUUUGGUUCCUCUCAGAAAGAUUAUGAUAAUAGACUAUAAACUAGCGUACCCGAGUGGAACUGCUACUGCUGUUCUUAUUAAUGGGUUCCAUACUCCAAAAGGAGACAAAAUGGCCAAGAAGCAGGUUCAUGGGUUUAUGAAGUACUUUUCAUUUAGUUUCUUGUGGGCUGGCUUUCAGUGGUUUUAUGCCGGCGGGGAGCAAUGUGGAUUUGUUCAGUUUCCAACAUUUGGAUUGAAAGCUUGGAAGAAUUCAUUCUACUUUGAUUUCAGUAUGACAUAUAUUGGAGCAGGAAUGAUCUGUUCCCAUCUUGUGAACUUAUCUCUGCUUCUUGGGGCCGUGCUCUCUUGGGGAAUAAUGUGGCCUAUAUUAAGGGGCCUUAAAGGAGAAUGGUUUCCUGCAACUUUAUCAGAAAGUAGUAUGAAGAGUGUAAACGGUUACAAGGUUUUUAUUUCCAUUUCCCUGAUACUAGGAGAUGGUCUGUACAAUUUUCUCAAGAUACUAUACUUUACCGGCUCAAGUAUGCACACCAGACUGAACAGGAAGGACCUCACAAAAGAUGAUAUUUCAAUUGAGCCGAAUCAGCCUCUUGAUGAUCGCCGACGAAAUGAGGUCUUCAUAAGAGAUAAGAUUCCUAUUUGGGUAGCAUGUGUAGGGUACACACUGUUCUCCAUCAUCUCCAUCAUUGUUAUCCCUCUCAUGUUUCCUCAGCUGAAAUGGUAUUAUGUAGUCGUUGCCUACAUUCUUGCACCAUCUCUAAGCUUCUGCAAUGCCUACGGUGCGGGUUUAACAGACAUGAACAUGGCCUACAACUAUGGGAAAGUAGCUCUUUUCGUGCUAGCUGCUGUGACUGGGAAAAAUGAUGGUGUUGUUGCAGGACUUGUUGGCUGUGGUUUGAUCAAGUCCAUAGUUUCUAUCUCUUCUGACCUGAUGCAUGAUUUGAAGACGGGCCAUCUAACUCUCACAUCUCCUCGAUCAAUGAUUGUUAGUCAGGCUAUUGGGACAGCUAUUGGCUGUGUGGUUGCUCCUCUGACAUUCUUUCUCUUCUACAAGGCUUUUGAUGUUGGGAACCCAAAUGGUCAAUACAAAGCCCCUUAUGCCAUCAUUUACCGAAACAUGGCAAUUCUCGGUGUGGAAGGCUUCUCUGCACUUCCCCAACAUUGCUUGCAGAUAUGCUAUGGUUUUUUUGGCUUUGCUGUAGCAGCCAAUUUGCUGAGAGAUCUCGCUCCUAAGAAAAUCGGCAAAUAUGUCCCCCUUCCAAUGGCUAUGGCUGUUCCUUUCCUGGUUGGAGCUUACUUUGCAAUUGACAUGUGCGUAGGGAGUUUGAUCGUGUUUGUGUGGCACAAAUUGAAACAUAAUAAGGCCAGUUUGAUGGUUCCUGCAGUUGCUUCUGGUUUGAUCUGUGGAGAUGGAUUGUGGAUUCUCCCUUCGUCGAUUCUUGCAUUGGCCAAGCUCGAUUUUUUCACGUCCUGGAUGAGAUCAAGGUGCCUGGUUUAAGAAGCCAACAUCAGAUCAGACACUGUCAUACUAUAAAGAUGAAGAUAGCUCCCUUAGAAUAGCAGUGGUCCUAUAGCCUCCCUUAGCUGCUGUAAGAACAUGAACUGGUCCGAUGAAGCCGUAAAUCAACCAAAUAUUCUUCUGCUUAUGUUGGGUUAGGCAGCUUUGGUUCUACUUCAACAUGGGUGAUGUGAAGUUGGCAGGUAGUUGGAUUUCUACAUUUACAUUCCAUUGUAAUACAUGGUUAGAUUCCAAAGACGAUACUAGUGGGGACUUCAGCAGAAAAGGCACGAUAAUAGUGCUGCUAAGUGUCUUGCUUGAUUGAUUUUAUUGAUUGCUUCAUCCGCAGGCCCGUAGCCAUGAAACACGAGUUUUCCUUACUUUGCAGUGUCAGAGUAUAUCUCUACAGAGAUAAUCUUGAAAUUGCGAUUACGAAAUUUUUAAUCAAAUUGCAGUAUAGAGGAUAACAAAAGUUGAAAAAAUGGAAGUAGAUUGAGAAAAUUGCUAGCAUUUCGAAAGCAACUGCUUGGUGCAACCAAUCAACUCAAUUGAGGGGGACUUUUCUUUGCUAGGCUUUGUCAUUGAAAAGGUCAUAUGUUGAGAGCAACAUCCUAAAUUCCUAAUUGUAAGGUUUUACAUGAAAGCGGGAG